AUGAAGCAUGGGUACAGGGGCGAUGGCAGGAGAACCGUGCUGCGGCUCAAGCACCGCGUGCAGCUUGGGGUAUCUCAUUGGCCUCCACUCUAUCUCCUUCUGCUUCCCCCUCCCGCUUCCCCCCAGUUCGUGGCGAACCCAAUAAUGAAGCAUGGGUACGGUGGGGAUGGCAGGAGGGCAAUGCUGCUGCUCAAGCACCGCGUGCUCGACCGCGUCUGCUGCGCCGCACUAAGACCGAACGGGCGGCGGACCUCACUUUGCCGCCCAGAACUGUCUGCUGUUCCCUUCAACCCACUGCAUCCCAAGUCUCUUUCUUCACUCCUCCCUCCAUGCUUCCUUUCGCAGUCCACGCUGCGCAGAGACCGAUUCGACGCGCGCGAGGAGGAUUUCUAUGAGGCGCUCUACACACAGAGCCAAUCACAGUUCGCCACCUACGUGGACACGGGAACACUACUCAACAAUUACGCGCACAUAUUCGACCUCCUCAUCCGCCUGCGCCAGGCGGUGGACCAUCCCUACCUCGUCGGGGAGGGGCAAACGAUGGGCCAAGUGGUGGGGGAGUGGGUUGGUGGGGGAGGAGAGGGGGAAAGGGAAGAGGAAAAGGAGGAGGAAACAAGAGUGUGUGGAAUCUGCUGUGACUAUGCAGAGGAUCCCGUGCUCCGCCUCUUCCGCCUCUCCCCUGAAAGCACUGCGAAUGGGGGGGAGAGCGGGCAGUUCACGGGGGAAGGGGAGCGGGGGAUGGGGAAAUGGUGGCGGUGUGGCUGGGAAGGGGGUGUGGGGGGUGGUGGGGAUGGAGGGAAGGAGAAGGGGAGAGAAGGGGGGCGGUUGGCAGGAGGGGUGGUGCGGGCGAGAGGGGAGCAUUUUGAGUCGGAUGGACCUGUCGCGGUUUCCAAAGCAGCACCAAGAUUGAAGCGCUGUCGGCUCAAUCUGUCGCGGUUCCAAAGCAGCACCAAGAUUGAAGCGCUGAGGGAGGAGUUGGACGGGAUGGUGCAGAGGGAUCCAGGCGCCAAGGCGCUCGUGUUCAGCCAGUUCACGUCCAUGCUCGACCUCAUUGCAUACCGCCUGCACCAGGUGGGAGUGCGGUGUGUGAAGCUGGAUGGCAGCAUGACAAUGGACGCUCGGGAUCGCAUCAUUUCCACCUUCACUCGCGAUGCUGACUGCCGGGUGUUCCUCAUGAGUCUUAAGGCGGGAGGAGUGGCUCUCAACCUCACCGUUGCUUCCCACGUCUUUCUGAUGGACCCCUGGUGGAACCCUGCUGUGGAGCAGCAAGCGCAGGACAGAAUUCACAGGCUCGGGCAGUUCAAGCCUGUCAGGGUGACGCGGUUUGUGAUAGCAGGCACUAUAGAGGAGCGCAUUAUAAAGCUGCAAGAGAAGAAGCAACUGGUGUUUGAUGGCACGGUGGGAGGAUCAUCAGAGGCGUUGGGCCGGCUGACAGAGGACGACCUGCGCUUCCUCUUCACCAACUGA